GCACAGAGAGGAGCAGCAGCAGCAGGAGCAGGAGGAGCAGCAGGAGGAGCAGGAGGAGCAGGAGGAACACGGACAUCAGGAGCAGGAGGUACGCCGCCUGAGGCCUCAGCUGUCUCUGAUAGACGGAGCAGGAGCAGAUAGGAAGGAAGGAACAAGGAAGCAUCCAGUGAACCCCUCCCCCUGCAGGAUGCUGUACACUGAGUUCCUGCAGCUGUGGCACGAGGCGGUGCAGGCCGUGGACUCGCGGGCCUGGCCGGCCGCUCUGGCCAAGCUGCAGCAGAUCAGCGAGCCCACGUCCCGCACGCUGUUCAACGCCGCCUCGGCCCACCUGGUGCUGGGUCAGCUGGACCGGGCCCUGGAGGCUUUAGACCUCACCAUCUCUAAGGACCAACGCCUCGCUGUCGGCUUCUUCCAGAGAGCAGCGGUGAUGAUGCAGGUCGGCAGGCUGGAGGACGCUCUGUCCGACUGCAUCUGGGCUCAGAAGCACAUGAGAGGCAACACGGUCAUCGACUACAGGCAGCUGGGCCUGAGGUUCAAACUCCACAGCUGGCAGGUGCUGUACAAUGCGGCCGCGGUGUACUGUCGGAUGGGCCAGUGGGAGCAGGCCAGGGAGGUCCUGCUGUCGGCCUCCCAGGAGAGAGGAGGAGGCCGGGGGGGAACCAUAGAGGUGGCUCUGGACAGCGUCCUGGAGGAGGAGGUCCUGGCUCCUCUGCUGGUGCCCGAGGACAUCGUGUUCCGUCCCAGGAAACAGGACGUGGACCAGCUGCAGCAGAGGGACUUCCUGGGCAAAGCAAAGGUGAUCUCCUCGGUGAUUCCCAAUGAUGACUUCGGAGGCUUUGAACCUCUGAGGCUGCAGAAACCCGGUUUCUACGAGCCCAAGGUGGAGGGAGCUCAGGACCCCGGCAUGCGCAUGCGGAUCCCGUACAUGGCCAGGGGCCCCGGGCAACUCACCAUUCCUGGAGGGGCCAUGGUGUUUCUGUUUGGAGAGGAGGACAGGGACGGCCUGGCAACCGUCAUCCAUGAUGGACAGAAAGGACUCGUGCCGAUGUCCCUGCUGGACCCCGCUGACGUCAAGAUGCCCAAAGGCAGAAAGGAGAAGAGAGUCCCCAGUGGGAUCCCUCUCCCCCCUGGACUCAAGCCCCCCUCUCGCCCACAGGCCCAGCCCAGCUCGGCAGCUCCUCCUCGAGACACUCCACCUCCAUCCUAUAUCGACACCACCGUCGCACCGCUGCUCGCCUCACAGCCUCGCAGGAACCACGCCAACGACGGCAACCACGGCAACCACGGCAACCACGCCAACGACCCCAACGACGCCAACGACGCCAACGACGGCAACCACGGCAACCACGCCAACGACCCCAACGACGCCAACGACGCCAACGACCCCAACCACGCCAAUGACUCCAACGAGCAGCAUGACGGUGUGGCUCCGGGUCCAGAGGCCGGCUCUGUGGUGCUGAAGGUCCACUACACCUUCAGCGUGGCCCUGUCCGUCCCCGUGGACUUGCCCUUCCAGGAAGUGAAGGAGCGCGUCGCACAGCAGCUGGGCCAGCCGGCGGCCCGGCUGCGCCUCAGACAUAAGCAGCAUGGGUCCCGGGUGUUGAUCCCUCUGGGUGAGGAGGCGGAGCCAGGCCGCGCUGUGCAAGAGGUAGCCGAGGCUGGCAGAGCCACCCUGUGGUGCCAGGUGAAGGGUUACCGAGUAAGAAAAUCAGAAGGGCACGGGAGCUUCAGCAGCCUGCCGCCCCAGAGGCCCCUGGAGGUUCAAGCCAACACGUGGUUGAGGCGUCUCGCCCAGCAACCUGAGAAAGUCAAGGCGUUAAGUGCCCCGAGUCUGCGGGUGGACACGGUCCUGCUAAGACCAGAUAACUGCUGCCUGGUCUAA